AUGUCUCUUCCGGUCUAUCUCGUAGAAUCCCUCGGGGCGCCUCGGAACCACCACGCCCUGUUCGUCGAGCUCGACCCCAGACACGAAUCCGGCAUGCUCUUCCACGUCACGGGCAACAUACAGGAAGGGAUGGACUUUGAGAAGAGGCCGACCGAGUACCCGAAGCUCGAGAACACAUACGUGGCUCACCGCCUGCUCGGAACUCUAUCCAGCUCCGACCUCGACACGAUGGAGGCCGUGUGCCGGUCCAAUCCUCCUCCCGAGAAGCAGUUCGACGGCCCAAGGCGCAUCGACCGCAAGAAGCCGCUCCGGAAGUGCCAGGAGUGGACGGCUGAGACGAUCCGGCUGCUAGAGCAGCAGGGCAUCCUGCGGCCGGCAUCAGGGGCAGCCUCCUCCUCCUCAACUUCCGGGUCGCACACUCAGCCUUCUACGGAUCGAUAG